AUGGCUAAGAGUACUGGGCCUUUGAACCCCAAAACUACUAGCUACGAGUUCAGCGGAAUUCCCGGGGUUUUGGGAGUCACUUUCGGUCUGCCACUAGUAUGCGUUGUGCUUAAUCAAAUGAUACGUCGCGACUAUUUCAUUGUUGGGGCUUUUUCCAACUUUGAUGUCGCAGAGCUGUGGAAUCACAUUAAGCCGCUGAAGUGGUACCUCACGAACCGAGAACUAUGGACUUACUACUUGGCAUGGUUCGGGGGCCUCGCUUUGUUUGACGUUGUGCUUCCAGGACGUACGAUGGAAGGUGUGGAGUUGAGGGAUGGCACAAAAUUACCUUACAAGAUCAACGGUCUCGCGCUUACCUCUACCUUGCUAGCCACGCUCUGUAUAAGAUGGCAGUUAACUAAUGGCGAAAUGCCAGAGUUGCAAUAUCUAUACAAUAACCAAACGGAUUUGUGCAUUAUUGUUAUCAUAUUCUCCUUCAUCAUGUCACUUUUCCUAUACGGUGCCAGUUUUAUUCCAUUGGCUAACAAGAAUGGCCAUGGCACUAGGGAGCGCGUUUUAUCCGUGAGCGGCAACUCCAAGAACAUUGUGUAUGAUUGGUUCAUUGGACGCGAACUAAACCCACGCUUGGGUCCCUUGGAUCUGAAGAUGUUUUGCGAAUUGCGCCCUGGUUUGUUGCUCUGGUUCUUAAUCAACGUCGCCUGUCUACACCAUUAUUAUCUGCAAACAGGAAAAGUUAAUAAUGCUAUCUUGUUUGUAACCCUUGCUGAAGGCUUUUACAUCUUCGAUGGUGUUCUUAACGAGGAAGGUGUCCUGACUAUGAUGGACAUCACGACUGAUGGAUUUGGCUACAUGUUGGCGUUUGGCGAUUUGGCCCUAGUGCCUUUCACUUACACUUUACAGGCACGUUAUUUGACUGUUUCGCCUAUCAAUUUGAGUCGCCCAUACUUGGCGUUUUUGGUUGCCACAAUGUCAUUGGGAUACUACAUUUUCCACUCAGCUAACAAGCAAAAGUCAGAUUUCCGUCAUGGGAAAUUACCUCACCUAAAGAGCAUCGAUACGAAGCGUGGUACCAAACUGUUGUGUGAUGGCUGGUGGGGCAUGUCCCAGCACAUGAACUACUUCGGAGACUGGCUGAUUUCGCUCAGUUGGUGUUUGGCAACAGGAUUUCAGACCCCUUUGACUUACUACUACUCACUGUAUUUCGCGACGUUGUUGAUUCACCGUCAGAAGCGUGACGAACAUUUGUGCAAAAUCAAAUACGGCGACGACUGGCAAAGAUAUGAGUCCAAGGUGCCAUACAAAAUCGUGCCUUACGUUUACUGA